AUUGCAAAUGUGGUAAAGGAUCUAAAGGUUGUGUUUUCAAAAACGGUGUUAAAGAAUGUUUUUGUAAUCCAGGGUAUAACGAACUGAAUGGCAUCUGUGAAAAAUGUGAUUGUGGCAGUCAUUCAAAAGACUGCAAAUUUGAAGAUGGUAAGAAAGUUUGUACAUGUGAACCUGGAUUCAAAGCAGGAAAUUAUAGUAUCUGUACACCCAUGUGCGAUGACAAACACGCAUGCGCAAACGGAGCACGUUGCUUGCAGGACAUCUGCGUGUGUUUGACAGGCACGGGUGGACCAUACUGUGAGAGAGUCUAUGAAUGUGAAGACAAGCUUUGUGGUGAUGACGUCACCUGCCAAUAUGAUAGCCAUACCCAAAGAGCUUACUGCCAGUGCAAUUCUGCACAACAGACGUACGACAGCUAUGAUAAAUCCUGUAAAAAAUGUGAUUGUGGCAGUCAUUCAAAAGACUGCAAAUUUAAAGAUGGUAAGAAAGUUUGUACAUGUGAACCUGGAUUUAAAGCAGGAAAUUAUAGUAUCUGUACACCUAUGUGCGAUGACAAACACGCAUGCGCAAACGGAGCACGUUGCUUGCAGGACAUCUGCGUGUGUUUGACAGGCACGGGUGGACCAUACUGUGAGACCAUCUAUGAAUGUGAAAACAAGCUUUGUGGUGAUGACGUCACCUGCCAAUAUGAUAGCCGUACCCAAAGAGCUUACUGCCAGUGCAAAGCUGCUCAACAGACGUACGACAGCGACGAUAAAUCCUGUAAAAAAUGCAGUUGCGGUGAUGAUUUAAAAACUGAAUGGGAGAGAUGUGAUUUCGUACUUGGAAAAAAAGUAUGCCAAUGUACUGAAGGAUAUGCUUAUAGUCCUAAAGCGGAUAAAUGCCUAGAAUGUGAUUGUGGAAAUAAUUCAAAAACAUGCACUUUUGAAGACAAAGGUGAAAAAGUUUGUCAGUGUUUCAAGGGAUAUAUUGACGAUUUUGGAACAUGCAAAAAAUGCGAAUGUGGAUCGAAUGGCGAAUGUUCUUUCGAUAGCAACGGGAACUUUUCUAAGUGUCUCUGCGAUUCUGGUUUUUCUGAAAAUUCUGGGAAAUGUGUCCUUUGUGAUUGUGGACCCAAAUCCAAAUGUUCAUUCCAAAAUAAAAGAAAAAUGUGCUUGUGUGCUAAAGGAUACAAAGAUGACGAAGGAUACUGUACAGACAUCGACGAAUGCUUGAAUACUGAAGCCUGUCCAGGACCUGGAACACUCUGUGAGAACACCUUUGGAAGCUAUAAAUGUCGAUGCCAACAAGGGUACCAAGGGCGUUCUCCAACCGAGACUGACAAGAAAA